UCCACCUAACUAGUUGUAGGUAAAUAUAUAUAUCGGAUUUUACUAAUGUAGCGCUUCUCCGGAUAUUCGGGAAACCAAAUUCGCUUUCCACAUGUCUUCAACCUGAUAAACCAGCGAAAUAACAGAAGUUGGAGAUGGCUAGAAGAAUGGCCACCAAGGUGUACAGGCUGUUCAGGAAUUUGGGAGUUGUAGGAUAUAGCUCGAAGAAGAACAUCUUCGGUAUCCACCCUUUGGUCGUAUCUACCGCCUACAUAGGGUUGUCGAUCGGCCUCUGUUAUCUCCUCCGGAGGGCUGUCAAAAGCUGGAUGAGCGACAAUGUCUUCAGGGACAUCUUGCUGGAAUUCCUGACUACUUUAGAGAUGUGCAUUUCCUUCUUCGAAUUGAUCGUAGUUACUGAAAAUUGGGGCAUCGAAGCCUAUGCCAUAUUCCUCUUCCUCCUGGUUCUUAUUUGGGAAAGAACGUGGACAGAUGCCUCAGCCUGCCCUUACACAGCCUUGGAGGAGGUCAUCGAAGGCCAGAGGGACUACUCCAACGCAGCCUUGAGGGUGUUUGGUCAGCUUGCAGGUGGUUUGGUCACCUUCUCCUUGGUGCAAUUAUUUUGGGCGAUGGAGCUAGUGCACACCCACAAAGGAAAGGCUUUCGAGGACUGUACUGCCGAUCUGCAGGUGCCUAUGUGCAUGGGGGCCUUCAUCGAAGCCUUGGGAACCUGUCUUUGCAGACUGGUCGGACGAUGGUUGAGUUUUACAGGGAAUAAGUUCGCCAGUUUGAUCAAUGCGUUGUGCACAACAGUAAUUGUUGUUGCCGCCUUUGACACGACUGGGGGCUACUUCAAUCCAGCCCUGGCCACUUCCCUGAAGUUAGGCUGCGAGGGAAACACCUUCAUGGAGCACUUCGUCACCUACUGGGUUGGGGCUGUGAUUGGAUCUGUUGCUGCUUAUUACAUCUUCAACAGCCAGAAGGUUCAAGAUUACCUGGAGGGUUUCAAACCCAAAACGGAAUAAGCUUCCGAUAUAUACUCUAUUUACAAUUCGCGUCUUCGAAUGUACAUAAUUUUCUUCGAUUCCAUUCAAUAUUUCCAAUAAAUUUUCGACCGACA